AUGAGCUCCCUGAAUGCGUGCGAAGCAUGCAUAGAUCGCUACCAAGGCUCCAGCACGACGAACGCCACUUACUCUAUCCUAAGCUUCUAUGUGAACUGGUGUGCAGAGCAAGGACUCGCAGAGCCUACUGCCUCAGUUGACCCUGAGCAGAUAUCGUCGUACACUGCGUCUGUUGGCUCUUCCUAUGCAUGGUGCGCCGGGUAUCUCCUAGUAUCGAGCAGCGUCGCAUCCAACUGUUCGACAUCCAACCCGCCGACAACGUCCACUACUAGCGCGUCUAUCUCGUCGAGCAGCAGCACAGCUCCCUCGACGAGCACUAGCACAACCGCCUCUCCUCCUCGGGCGACGUCCUCCCAGCCCGACUCAACAUUGGGUGCGGCGGCAGCCCCAACGCCUGCGGCAGAUCAUUCAAACACGGCGGCAAUAGCCGGUGGUGUUGUAGGAGGAGUGGGAGGUGCAGCAGUGGUAAUCAUCGUCGUAUGGUUUCUGCUCCGAAGACGGCGCAAGAAGCCAGCCGCACUGCAAGAUGACCAAGCGGCCCACGAAAAGGCACAACUCCAUUCAGACGACAUGAAGCCUGACCGCAAGGAGCUGGAAGGCACACCAGCUUCUCAGGCAUUGUUGGAGAAGAGGCCGACUGCAAUAUCGGAGUUGCCUGCAAACGGAGAAGUAGCCGACAAUGCUAGACUAAAAGAGAUGCCGUCGAACGAGCCCGCAGGCCACGAAAUGGACCACCGAGAAUGA